UGGCUGGAAAGGAGGGAGUGUUCACACAGGCAAGGGUUCAGGGUGUGGUGAUGUAUAAAGCAUCAUUCAGAGUCGUUUCCUCAUCCUCUCAGCUCUUCAAACACAGACUGUCACCUUCAGAUCUCCUAACAUCUCAACCUGGCUGCCAUCAUGUCUGACAUCCAGAAGGCUAUGGCCCUCCUCAUCACAACCUUCACUAAAUACGCCAGCAAGGAGGGAGACAAGGACACCCUGAAUAAGGACGAGCUGAAGGAGCUCCUGCAGAAUGAAUUUGGAGACCUGCUGUGUAAAGCCAAUGACCAGACAGCAGUCGACCGCAUCUUCAAGGACUUGGACACAAACCAGAGCAACAGUGUGGACUUCAGUGAGUUUGUCAACCUGGUCAGCUGCCUCACUCAGAUGUGCCAUGAGCACUUCAUUGGGAAAAAAAUAGGAACCCAAGCGCCCCCUUGAGGGUGACUAAAAGAUCCGCCAUUUGGAAAAAAAAAGACUACACCCUGAAUUCACAUGAUUUUGUCAUGCAAACAUAAAUAAAGAUUUUUUUUUCCCCUGUCAAA